AAUGAUAGAGUGAGUGUCAGACAGGCAGGAAACUCAUCUCUCUUUUUUGCAAUAUCGAACGGCUUGUUACUGAACAUGCUAAAUGAAAUCUUGAUUGUGUUGCAUGUGCUUCGCUCUGGAAAAAGCGAAUAGGUUUCGCUAAUCUUGUCUAAUUCUAAAGAACAUUGGAAAUUUCAUCAUAUUAUGUUCCAAGAAAAAUAAAAAUCAUGGCUAUUCAUGACAUGCCAAGAUUUGCGUUAUGGCUGGCGUUCCUGUUCUUUGAACAUGUCUUGCAGUCCAAGGAAUUUGCCAUACUAAUGGCUGUUUUUAUCUUUUUGAGUGUAGUCAUCUUUGUAGCCUUCGUCGUGUGGACAUUAAGACCCAAAGCUCCAGAUUCAUUUCAUAUCCCAAGGGUAUCUUCGGGCAUCAGGAAGAUUGAGCGCUUACAGAGAGGAUCAAGCAGAAAACAGCAGCAAGGUUCCAACAGCAACGCAACCAGACCAACAGAGGGCGACAUUUCCAAUUAUGUAGAGUUCGAUGAUCAACCACCAAUGUCAUCAAGCGGAUACACAACUACGUCACGGCUUCAAAAUAUACCGGAGGAGCCUGCUGUUGUAUGUAGAAGUAUCGACUACCAAGGAUCAACGAACCCGAAUACGAUGUCCCCAAUGGUAUGUGAGACCACGGCGGAGAUAGAACCUAGCGGGAAUAUGGGAGAUGUCAAGAUCUGUCUCACCCUGAAAUCAUCGGAUGUCAAAUAUUACCAGACGCCGGCCCAACCAAGAGAAGCGAACGUGAACCGUUCUCACUCCGACCGCCUGCCGAUGCGUGAAAAUGAGUAUAUGACCCCAGACGAUGCCCGCAGUGGCAGCGCCGGUGCGGCCGGUGACAGGUCCAUGCAGCGGAGUCGCACGCUGCCAAGAUUGCACGUGACAUCGCCAGCGGACCAAUCAGGAGACGCGCAGAAAAAUGACAAGAUAGCGCAGAAGAAUGGCAAGAAAGCGAAUGCGAAUUACCUCGAUCUUGCACACGAGUAUAUGCCAAUGGGGAAUGUCCCCGAGUACACCUACAUGGACAGUGUGUUGGGCUUGAAUGCUUUAUAUGAAAAUUGA